UCAACAGGGUUAGGUCAAUUGACGGGAUGUGGUUGUGAUGAUGGUUGGACAGGAUUGGGAUGUACCGUCUGUCAAUCUUCCAAAGCUUGCACUUCAUCUCUAUCGUCUUAUUUAAAUACCACUCAAACAUCUUCCGCCCUAAACACAUCUUUAACAUGUUCCAAUGUCCCCACAGUCUACUCUUCUUCUCAAAUGUCAUGUUCAGUCAUUCAACCCCUUUUACAAAGUCUUUUCCCAGGUCAAACUUAUCUAUCCAUGACACGUUCACUCAAUUCUUCUCUCACGCCAGGUGGUACGAACGUCCUUGAAAAAGUAGGAUUGACAAACGGUGAUAAUCAAUUAUGGGCACAAGUGUGGUAUAACGGAACGGAACAAUUUUAUUGUUUUGCCAAUGAGUGUGAUCAGGAUAUAAGUCAAAUGGAUGGAAAGGGGAAUUCUUCAAAAUGGACAUGUCCGAAUUUGAAAUGUGUUUGUAGACCUGGAACCACUUUUUGUGGUGGGGGAGAGGUACGUCUUAAUAUCACAGGAGCUAUUGAUAUUCUUUCCGGACCUCUAGUCGUGGAUUGUUCAGAUGACGGACAAUGUACAUUCCAACAAUCUCUUCUGAAAUCUUUAUUCGGUGCGAAUGGUCUUCAACUCAGUUCAUGUUCUUAUGGCGAAUGUGUAGAACAAUAUAUCAUCGACCAAUCUCUCGGGCUUUCCCCGACUUCCCAAACUAUCUCCGGAGGGUUGAGUGGAGGAGUUAUCGCAGGUUUGGCAGUCGUCGGCAUCAUCGUUUUCCUCAUCCUCCUUCUUGUCAUCUGGGGAGUCAUCUCGAGAUAUCGGGCCAGAAGGAAUCUCCUUGUCGGAGGAAAUAUACCGAAAUCUGGAGGAGUGGGGAUUAAAUGGUUUGAAAUAGGGUACGAAGUGAAACCUUCAUCUUCGAAAAUCACUUCCAGAACUCUCUCUUGGAUAAAAGGUUCUGGUCGGAUCAGAAGGGAUGAAGAAGAGAAUACUCACCUCACCGCAUCAAGAAAGAUUAUUCUUCAAAAUGUUUCAGGUCAAUUACCUCCAGGAGGUUUUUGUUGUAUUCUCGGACCAUCCGGUGCUGGUAAAUCUACACUUAUCGAUAUCUUAGCUGGGAAACGUAAAACCGGUCAAGUCACAGGUCGAGUUCAAUUCUCCAAUUCAGACGGAAGGAAAAUCAAAAUAGGUUAUGUGGAUCAAUCAGACGUUUUAUCCCCUACGUCAACCGUAUUAGAAACAUUACUCUUUGCUGCUCAUCUUCGAUUACCCGAAAACAUCCCUAAAGACAUUAAAGACCGUCGAGCUCAAACGGUUUUGGAACAAUUGAACAUGACGGAUAUCGCUCAUACUAGAAUUGGAUCUAUCGAAUCUAGAGGGAUAAGUGGUGGAGAAAUGAGAAGAGUUUCUAUCGGUAUUGAAUUAGUUUCAAAUCCAGAUGUUUUGAUUUUAGACGAACCUACUUCUGGACUUGAUUCCGUUUCAGCAUAUAGACUUAUAAACUUAUUGAAGAAUCUUUCAGAGGAUAAAGAAAAUGAAACUACCAUAAUAGCUUCUAUACAUCAACCAAGUUCAGCUUUAUAUCAUUCUUUCACUCAAGUUUGUUUAUUGUCAAAAGGUAAACAAUUAUAUUUCGGUCAAGGGGGUAAUGCUCCAGCUGAAUUCUUCGCUGGAAAGGGAAAACCUUGUCCUCAGGGGUAUAACAUUGCGGAUCAUUUAUUGGAUUUAGCUUCGGGACAGAUGGAUGGUUUGUCAUUGGGAUCGAGUAUCAUGGCAGGAUCGAUUUUAGGGAGUGAAAUAGAGAGGGAGGUUGAUAAUGGUGAUUCUUCUACAGUGGGGAAUGAAAGAAGAUGGUGGCCGGAAGAACAUUGCGCAACGAGUUUCUUGACUCAGAUAGAGGUUUUAAGUGGGAGAGAAUGGAAAAAUCUAAAAAGGGACAAAACACUUUUAAUCGCCCAUAUCUCCCUCGCCUGCAUAUUGGGCGUUUUCGCAGGAGGGUUGUAUUACAAAGUAUCUUUAACCAUAGCUGGGUUUCAAAAUCGGAUAGGAAGUUUAUUCUUUUUAGGAUCGUUGAUUGCUUUUUCGUCUUUGAGUGCGUUAUAUAAUCUUGUCGAAGUCCGAGGAUUGUUCUUACGUGAAAGAUCUGGAGGUUUCUAUACAUCACAAGCUUGGUUAUUGUCAAGAAUCAUUUCUGAUCUGAUACCACUUCGAUUGGUACCGACCAUCAUCGUGGGCGUCAUCGUGUAUUUCAUGGUCGGGCUAGCUCACGAAGCCACCAGAUUCUUUAAAUUCCUACUUAUCCUAGUUGAAUUUUCCCUCGCUAUGACACUCUGGAACUUUUUACUAGCUUGUUUGUUCAGACAUGGAGGUGUGGCAAUUUUGUUAAGUUCGUUGUGUAACUUAUUCCUCAUGACUUAUGCUGGAUUCUUCGUCAACAUCGAACAAAUACCACCAGUACUUAGAUGGUUGAGAUACUUUUCAACACUUGGAUACACUCUUGAAGCUCUAUCAGUUAAUGAAGUAGGAUCAGGAUUACAAAUCAUCGAUACUCUAGGUGGUGUACCCAUUCAAAUUUCUGCAGAAUUAAUAAUGAGCACUUUAUUCGGUUUUGAUCUAAAACAUUAUUAUCGAAACGUACUCGUACUAUUCGCUUUCAUAGCUGGAUUUGGAGUGUUGUUGAUUUUGACUGUAGUUUAUAUCUUGAGGGAACGACGAUGA